UGGCAACGGACGGCUGUUAGCGCCCUUCGCCGCUCGUCGGGCCAGGCCGGACCGGGCCGGGUUGGACUGGGGUGCAGGAUGGCUCGCGUCCCGAACGAAGAUAUCAUCAAGAAAAUCAUCCGUGAAAUCGGGCAAGAAUGCAGAGCCCAGGGACAAACCGUGUCAGAAACCCUGGUGGCGUUCAUGGUGAAAGCCAUUGUUUUAGAUCCAAGAAAUGACUUUAAUGUGGAUCAAGUACUUACACAAACAGAUGUCCAAAAUCUUACCCAGAUCUGUGUUACCAGGCUGCUUGACACAACAAACCCAUCCCUAAGCACAAUUAAGAUGCAAGUUUACUUUGAUAUGAACUAUGCAAGUCGAGCUGAGUUACUCAGCGAGCAGCGGCGUGUUCUGGAGGAAAGGCUGGCUCCUCUGGUCAGAGAGAUCACAGGCAGCCGUCCUCGUGCAGAAAAAGAAAUGGAGAAUAUGUAUCAAAAGAUUGUUACCUAUGUGCUGCUGAGAUCUGGCCUGGGAUCCCCAACAGAUAUUGAGGUUGUCAGGGAGGUAACAGCUGCCCUGCAGAGUAUAUUCCCCCAGACAGAGAUGAUUGCUUUCAUUUCACUCACUAAGAAGGACAAAGAGGAAGAGCUGAAAAAUUUUGCCAUGCUAGUCACGGGAAUUCGGUUGUACAACAAGGAAUGCAGUAAAGGAGGAAGCAGCAUUGAUGACUUGCCAGCCAUUCUGAAUGAAGCCAUUCCAUCAGCUACACAGACUGUGGAUGAAAGUCUUAGUACCUGCCAUAUGCUGGCCCACCAGUACACAGCUCUGUUGGAAUCCAUGCAGGAAGAUCUGCACAGAUCUACACAGCUCAGCUCUUUUAAAUUAAGAGAAGCACUGUUCAAUGUGAGACAAUAUGAAGCCUUCCUUUGCAUCCUCCUGUCUGAUGCAGUUACAAGUGCUCAAGAAGUUGAAAAGGUGAAUGUGGAAUUUGCAGCAACAAUGGAGCAGCUGGUAAACACAGUGCAGGAUAGGGUUUCUGUAGAUACCAAAGAAGUUUUUCCUCUCUUUAUUGCCCUUUCUAACCUCUGGACCAGCUUUCAGGAUGAGAUGCUGCUGCUUAGCUUCCUCACAAGUAUGACUGAUAAGCUUCAACAGUUCUCAAAAAUCCACUCAAAGCUUUUUCCUAAGGACAUGCUAACAUCUCUUCUGGAAGGAGUGACUGUGAAAAGUGAUGCUGAAAGGAUAAGAGAAACCAUGGGAGAGAGAGUGAAUGUUUCUGAUUUUGAGAACCAAGAAUGGCUUUUUCCAGAAACUACUGAUAAUUUUGAUCAGUUGCUGAUCCAGUACCAUGGUUUCUGUGCAUACACGAUUGGUGUGAAAGGCCUCACCAUCCCAGGAAAUCCUGCUAUUGGAAUUUUGAAGCACAAGGAAAGGUGUUAUGUUUUCAGCUCCAAAGAAGCUGCAUACACCUUUGCUCAAGAUCCAGAUAAGUUCAUUCAACUGAAUGUAGAAAAAGCAAAGGAAUAUGCAGAGCUGAUUCACCUGCUUGAGCUACGGCAUCAGUUUGAGAAUCUUGUUCCAUAUUCACAGACCAGGAGUGCAGACAAAUACUUGAUGAAACCAACUGCAAAAUGUGACUGUAGUACUCAAACUGAUACUCACAUCUUGCCUCCAAGAAUUGUGGCAUCUUAUGAAUGGAAUGAAUGGGAAAUGAGAAGAAAAGCUAUAAAAUUGGCCAACCUACGCUGCAAAUUAACUCACGCCAUGCAGACUGACCACAGCCACAUGAGAAGGGAGAACUGCACCCAAGUGUACUUGCCCAAGGAUGUGAGCACACAAACCAAGCGUGACAACUCCAGCAAUGUACCCAGACCACAGAUUUUCUUGCAAGGGCUUCGAGGAGAAUCAUCUCCUACUACUCAUGUGGGCAAAGUAGACUUAACAAGACCAGUAGAGGAAGCCUAA